CAUACUCCUCCAAGGGAAGACUUCUAGGCUUUUAGCAUCCAUCCCCUCUCUUCCCCUCCUCUCCUAUAUUCCACUCACCAACCCACAAGGCCACAACCAUGACUUUAAACCUCGUCACCACCUUUCUUCUCCUCACCACCACCCUUCUCCUCCUCCUCCCCACCCCUUCCUCCUCGGAGUUCGCCUGCAAGAGCUCUUGCGGCUCCCUCGCCAUCCACUACCCCUUUGGCACCGGCCCCGGGUGCGGCAGCCCUGGUUUCCAGCCCCACGUCACCUGUGACUCGGACCACCAGACCCUCACCUUCACCACCCACACCGGCUCAUACCCCAUCCAAGCCAUCGACUACACCAACCAAGUCCUCUACAUCACCGACCCCUCCAUGUCGACGUGCUCCUCCACCACCACGAGCAAUGGCUUCUCCCUCGACUGGAACGCCCCCUUCACCUUCUUCGACGGCAACAUUUUUGCCCUCCUCGACUGCUCCACCUCCUCCUCCCCUCUCUACUCAUCCAACACCACCGACGUCCCGUUAUGCGACACCAGCAACGCGCCCAUCUGCAGUCUUCUCUACUCCUGCCCAGCCAUUAGCCUGCUCAACGUGCCGAUCUCGACAUGCUGCAUCUACACGCCGGUCAGCCUCGGGCCAUCAUUUGAGAUGGACCUCAAGAAGCUGCAGUGCAGCUCCUACUCGGGGAUUUAUAGCUUCCAUGGCGCUGAGACUGAUCCCAGCGGGUGGAAGUUUGGGAUUGCCCUCAAGUACAGGUUUAGUGUCGACGAUGGCUAUCCAAGAGCAUGCGCCGACUGCGAGAAGAGCCAUGGAGUGUGUGGUUACUCCGGGCAGUACAAUUCCUUCACUUGUAGCUGUGGCAAUGGGAUGAACACGUCCACGAAUUGCUACUUUGCUUCCGCGUCUUGGAGCCGUGGGAGCAGGACUGUUCCAUUGUGGAUCGGAAUUGGAUUGAUCUCCUCAUGGUGGCUAGUUGUUGCCUGGAUCUUGUAAGAGCUUUGGACAGAGGAUGAUAAAGCUUUGGACAGAGGAUCUUGUAAGAGCUUUGGACAGAGGUGGGUAGGAGUAGAUUUCGGUGUACAACGUGAAUUAUAAAGCUAAAAUUCAGGAUAAUUCUAGCUCCAUUGUGCUGUUCUUAUCUUUUCGAAUAUCUAUAAAAGGCAAAGAUCUUGUAAUCAUGUUUCCUUGAUGCCAUUUUGUAGUGCAGUCCUAAGAUUUGUACAUUAGGAAUAUCAGAAAGGUGUAGUGAGGACCGUGGAAUAAAGGCUUAUGUUCCAUGUUAUCAUUCCCUCUUCUUUUGGCUACGCAUUAUGGAGAAAAAAGGAUGCAAGGUACCUUUUUAUAUGUUGUUGUCUUAUUUCUGCCAUAGUUAUCGUAGAAGAGCUUCUUUAUAGAUGAGAAGUCUCUCCAAUUGUUGGAUAUCUAGUUUGGCUUGGCGUAGGUGUUGUAUAAUGAAACAUAUUGUAAAGCCAAUGUUAGGUGGCUUCAAGGAAUCUGAGUCACUUUUUUGCUAUAGCAAUGUAUUGUACUCUUAUAAGAAAUAGCAUGAACUCAAGAGUGAGUGAGUUAAA